AUGGAAGGCUCAAUCCAAAACUCCAGCAACUUACAAAAAGCAGAUAGCAUAGAUGCUAAAGAAACAUCUACAGUUGAUAGAAAAUGGGUUGCCCUUACUGCUUAUCAACCUGUUGAUGUUGUUACCAAAACUGUUGAAAUUCCAAUUAUAAAAACUGUAGAAAAAUUUGUUCCAAAAACCAUCAUUCAAGAAAAAAUUAUACAUGUUCCUAAAAAUGUUACACAUAUUGUUGAAAAGAUUGUAGAAGUACCUGAAGUUAAAUAUAUUGAAAAAAUUGUUGAAGUACCACAUAUUCAUUAUAAAAAUAAAUAUGUACCCAAAAUUGAAAUUGUAGAAAAAGUAGUGGAAAGACAAAAAAUUAUCGAGAAAUGGCAUGAUAAAAUUGUUGAAGUACCACAAAUAAAGGAAGUUGUUAGAUUUAAAGAAAUUGAAGAUGCUGAAGAAGUUAUUAAAUAUGUUCCAAGAAAUUCUAAAAACAUUGACUGGGAAGAAGAGUACAAAAAGUACACUGAAAGAAAAGGAGGAGAAAGAUACAGUUUGGAUAACAAUAUUUAUCAACAAAAAAUGAGCUUAUAUAAUGAUUAUAAUGAAAAAGCUUACUCACAAAAUGCAUAUAGUAGAAGCCUUGAUUUCUUGAACAAGCAGAUGUCUAGUUUAAAUAACCAAAGUAAUAUUAGGAGUGAAGACUUUUCUCAAAUUAAUUUCUAUAAUCAACAAAGUGUAGGUGCAAGUUAUGAGCAACAAAGAUGCAGUAUCCCAGCAUCUACUUUUAAUCCACGUGGAAGUUUACAGAUGAAGAGAUUACCCUCUGAGGAAACCAAGCCAGUUGGAUGUUGUACUUCUUCCUGUACAUAA